AUGGAUCUUCGUCACUUCUUCGUUACCUUCCUCUUCGUCGUCUGCGCGUGGGCGGCCAAAAACACCGACGAGGUCCGUGAGUUCAUCUACGAUAAUCGGGAUAAUAGAACCGUACUGAACGAGAAGCCCGCUCCGCCAUGGGUGAGUUCGCCAACCGUCCGGGGUACCGGUGAUAUCAUCAUAUCAUGCUUGGUGACCUUGAUUGCCUGCGCCUACACUGCUAUUCAUCCGACUGUACCACCUGGAGGCUCUGGCAAAAGGAGCUUCACGUUGAUCAAAGCCGCCCUGGUGCUGGUGGCACUUAUGUGUCCCGAGGCCGUGUUCGCACUUGCUUUCCAGGAGUAUCUUGACGCCCGAAGACUGAAGAAGACGCUCAAGGGAAUCAUCAAGGAUGGCAAUAAGGAGGCCCUGGCCAUAGUCGAGAAAAUCACCAAAACCACAGAGAAAGGCAACAAGGAGGCACUGGCCAUGGCCUUAUUCAACAAAAUCAUCAAGACUAAAGAGAAAGGCGAUGAGGAGGCCCUGGCCUUACGCGGUAAAAUCAUUAAUAGCAAAGAGAAAGGCAAUGAGGAAUUCCUCGCCAUGGUCGAUGAACUUAUCGAGGCCAUAGAGAAAGGCAAUAAGGAGGCCCUGGCCAUGGUCGAUAUGAAGUUCUGUUACUUCGUUGUCAUGGGUGGCCUGCAGGUCGACAUCUCCGACAUCAAACCGUCAGACCAUGUCCAAUUUUACUUCCAUGGCCACAACAUGCCCUCAACGCUUCCUCUCUCAGCCGACGGAGUGAUUGAGCUGGCCAAGCUGGGGUCCGGGUACCUGGAAAAACUCCUGGUUGAGCCCACCGUGAUAGAAGACAAAAGCAAAGGGGCAUUGGUGCAAAAGUGCGUAGUUCUCGUCCAAGUCACUUGGAUGGGAAUUCAGUGCAUUGCCAGAAAAGCUGCGGGGUACCCCGUUUCUCUUUUGGAAUUGCACACCUUUGGCCACGUUCUGGUUGCAAUGUUACUAUACCUGUGUUGGUUAAAAAAACCCCUUGACGUGCGACAACCAGUCUUCGUUAACCCUGCCGACUUCAAAGACGAGCCAACUAGAGAAGGCUUUCAAGAUGCAUUAGCACUCAUGGUUCAGGAACAGUUCUGUGACCUACAAAACCUCACUGGCUUCCUAAACUUGAAGUGGAAACAAGAAAAGCUGGACAAAUCGAAGGCAUCCAGGGCAGAGGAUGAUCCGAACUCUGUCAAGCAAAAGACAUCCCAGAUUGUCAUCAAUCAAGUGGCCCAAGAAUCGACGCCUCAGCCUACUCCAGCAGACGAACCUGAUCAGUACAUGGGACCCGGAAAGUCAACAACAGGCUCACAGGAUUCAGUCAUGUCAGUUCCAAAAAUCAAGGAAGUAGACGUACCGUCCGGGAAUCCGGAAACCUUCGAUCUGGGUAUUAAUCAGUAUCUUCCAUGUGGAUUCGGCCACAUGCCCGUGUCCCAGAAGCCGAACUGGAAAUGUAUUUGGACUGGUGCGGAUAACUGGCUAGUUGACUUGAGGAAGGCGUCCGGCUUCGACCGCAGAAAAGAAGACGAUCUUCCAAUCCGUCUCACCCGGGCCGAUCGUUGCCGCGCAGAAAGAGCAGCGAGACACAUCAAGGUUGUUGAGGAACUGUACCGCAUCGAUCCAGUCGAGCAACCAGAGCCCUACGCUUACAAAAGACAUGGAUCGUCAGGCCACCAUUGUCGGUAUACCGACCGUGGAUACAGGCGGGGGUUCCAAACUCUUAGGUUUGAGGUCGACAAACUCAAUCCACUUGCUGUCAACCAGAAUGGUGGAGCUCAACGUGACAGCGAAAACUCCAACCCGGAAACCAUUGAUGCCAAUCGCCGGAGACUACUCGAGGAAGUCACUCCCAGACUCAUCGUACAGUACGCCGCCUUCCUGGACGCCACCUUCAGCGGCUUCAGCAAAACAAGCUACUUCGUCUGCGUCAUGGUCGGUGCCUCCGUUGGCGCUGUCCACCUAGCAGCCUGGGACUCCGUCUUUCCUACAAGAGUGGAGAGCAUCAUUUGGAGGAUAGCGAGUCUCCUGAUGAUGGCUACCGUUCCUGUUGGUCUGAUCUAUCGCUUUCAAAUUAUCUUUAUUCAGCGGUAUAACUUCCAGAAUUUCCGGCUGGGUUAUCAGACAUCCCAUGUUUGGCGCGUUGGGUUCCUCGCCGCAUGGUAUUUCUUUUUGAUUAUAAUAUCCAUAGUGGUGUUCGUUACUGUGCGGGGGUAUCUCAUUGUGGAAUCGUUUAUCAGUGUUCGCUAUAUGGCUUAUGGUGUUUACUUUGUUCCGGACUGGCUGCAGAUCUUCCCACACAUCUGA